UUUCUUUACAUGUGAACAAACAUCGUGAAGGGAAGACAUGCUUAAAUACUCCCUUGAUUGCUUCGGAACUCAUUAUUUUGUGAACUCCAACCAAGGCAACAUCGUUCCUUCAUUCAGAGAUCUAGGUAUCCUUCAACGGACAUCUCGUUCCGACACGACACCAUGAUGAAUAUGAAAUAUGCAGUAGCAGCGAUUUUGUUGGUCACAACUCAGCUAGGACCGGCGCAAGGCUUCGGCUGGGCUGUGGUGGGCACCGGGACGGCGGUUCUGGGCACCAUCAUCGACGUGGUCGAGAAGACGGAGACCUGGUUGGUGGAGGUCCACAACGAGGGCAAACACGACGCGCACAUGUGGUGCGCCUCGGCCGACGACAAAAUCGGCCCGAAGGAAGGUCUCUGGGUGAAACCCGGGGAGAAGGUAGCCUGGGGCUUCCGCAGGAACCGCAGCACCCAGUUUUGGUGCACUAUGGACUGGCAUGGACAACGCGUCGGCUGGGACGUCUUCGUCACCAAUUGGAAGGACGCUCCGAAUCCAACCAAGUGGUCCAUCAGGAACGACGGAGUCUACGACCAGUGGCGCAAUCGAAAGUGGCGGAACCUUAAUAGUUAGAUUUUGAUUUGAGAAAAUAUUGCUUUAC